CGGCGUCGUCGCGCCUGGAGAGAAAGCGAAAGCAGGCUCGAGCUUGACAGCAUGGCAGGCGGACAUGGCGGCUAUGAUCCGAUACACCGUGACCCAGGCUUGGAGGCUUGGACUCGGAUGAAGAAUUCGGUCUACACGACCUUCAAGUUCACUCCGAGGACGACGAAGCUCACUCUUUUCUGGGGCAUCUUUGUACCCUGCUUGACCUACUCGAUGGCUGUCACCAAUGCGAACGUCUAUGACUGGGCGGGCAAGCGCCGUGAUGAGGGCCUGUUGAGGAUACCUGCCCCUUCUGCGCCUGCCAAAGACGGUGAAGAGGAAGAGUAG